GUGGAUCAAUACAGUUAGACUGCGCAUAAGCGCUGAUUUCAAACUACAUUUCCCAGUGUGCAUUCGCGCGGUAGCGCAAGCGCAGAUUGGUUUAUUUAGAAAACGGACAGGCGGAAGCUGGACUCUAAAAUUGGCCGAACUGGAUGGGACUUGGUGUAAUGGAGAGGUGAUGUGCCAGUGAGAGGAGCGAUAAGGUCAAAGCAGCCAUGACCGAGUGCUUCCUGCCACCCAGCAGCAGUCCUGCUGAGCAACGCAGGGCUGAGCACCCAGGGGGAGUGGCCCGCACCCCCAGCUCUGAGGAAAUCAGCCCCACCAAGUUCCCGGGGUUGUACCGCACAGGCGAACCGUCACCGCCUCAUGACGGCCAUCACCAUGAGCCGCCCGAUGUCUACGUCUCGGACGAUGACAAGGAGCACGGCAAGAAGAAGAACAAGUUCAAGAAGAAGGAGAAAAGAACGGAAGGUUACGCUGCCUUCCAGGAGGACAGUUCAGCAGACGAAGCGGAGAGCCCGUCCAAGAUGAAGCGGUCCAAGGGAAUCCAUGUGUUUAAGAAGCCGAGCUUCUCCAAGAAAAAGGAAAAGGACUUUAAGGUAAAGGAGAAGGGCCCCAAAGAGGAGAAGCCCAAGGAUAAGAAAUCUAAGGACCUGACGGCUGCAGACGUGGUCAAACAAUGGAAAGAGAAGAAGAAGAAGAAGAAACCGACAACAGAAGCAGAGCCGGUCCCAGUGGAGGUCCCCACCUUCAGGCCUAUUUUUGGUGCACCUCUGGCUGAAGCCAUAAAGAGGACGAGUCUGUAUGAUGGCAUCCAGCUGCCAGCCAUCUUCAGAGAGUGUGUGGGCUACAUUGAAAAUUAUGGCAUGAAGUGUGAGGGCAUCUACCGGGUUUCAGGUAUGAAAUCCAAGGUGGACGAGCUGAAAGCAUCAUACGACCGUGAAGAAUGCCCCUGCUUAGAGGAGUAUGACCCCCACACAGUUGCCAGUCUCUUAAAGCAGUACCUUCGAGAGCUGCCUGAGAACCUGCUGGCGCGAGAUCUGGCCCAGCGCUUUGAGGACGCCUGUGGUCGGCAGGCGGAGGCAGAGAAGGUAACAGAGUUUCAGAGGCUGCUGGCUGAAGUGGCGCCCGAAAGCAGACUGCUCCUGUCUUGGCUCAUCACACACAUGGACCACGUCAUUGCCCGGGAAGCAGACACCAAAAUGAAUAUUCAGAAUAUCUCCAUCGUCCUCAACCCAACCAUUCAGAUCGGGAAUCGUGUUCUUUACGUGUUCUUCACCCACGUGAGGGAGCUGUUUGGGGACAUAGUCCUGAGGCCAGUGGUGCGGCCACUCCGCUGGUCCAACAUGGCAACAAUGCCGGCGCUGCCAGAGACCCAGGAGAGCAUCAAAGAGGAGAUCCGACGGCAGGAGUUCCUGUUGAACUGCCUGCACAGGGACCUGCAGGCUGGAAUAAAGGACUUGUCCAAAGAGGAGCGACUAUGGGAGGUUCAGCGAAUCUUGACUGCUUUAAAACGCAAACUGAGGGAGGCCAAGCGCCAAGAAUGUGAGAGUAAAAUAGCCCAGGAGAUAGCCAGCCUGUCAAAAGAAGAUGUUUCAAAAGAGGAAAUGACGGAGAAUGAGGAGGAAGUCAUCAACCUCCUCUUAGCACAGGAAAAUGAGAUCCUGACAGAGCAGGAGGAGCUGAUCUCCCUUGAGCAGGUGCUGCGUAGACAGAUAGCUACUGAGAAGGAAGAAAUCGACAGACUGCGGGCUGAGAUCGCAGACAUACAGAGUCGGCAGCAGGGUCGCAGUGAGACAGAGGAGUAUUCGUCUGACAGUGAAAGUGAGAGUGAGGAUGAGGAAGAGCUGCAGAUGAUUUUGGAAGAUUUGCAGAAGCAAAACGAGGAGUUGGAGAACAAAAACACCCACCUGAACCAGGCUAUCCACGAGGAGCAGGAGGCCAUCCUGGAGCUACGUGUCCAGCUCCGCCUGCUGCAGAGCCACAAACUGCAGCAGGAGCUAAACGUGCAGCCGCCGUCUGAACAGGCACCCCCCACCCAGCCGAGCCCAGAGCCCCGCAGCGAGGAGCAAGCCAAGCGCCCCGCGACAGCGGCGGCCGCCGGCACGGACGCGGCUGCCUCGGCCAACGGGAAGACGAGCAAGGAUCCUCCGAAGCCCUCGCCGAGCAAAGACAGGAGAGACGCCAACAUGUGAGGUGUCUAUACCGUUGGUCAGUUGUCCUGUAGCGUCACCCAUCAUCCACUGGAGAUUUUACACUGCUGGAUCACCAGAUUCAUUAGUAAUUGUGUGGCCCACACAGGAGCCAUAGAAAAUCCAUUACACUGUAUUUGGUGGCCAGGUUCAGAAAAACACUGCUUUCCAUUUUCCUGUGCAAAACAUAAAAGACAUUCGCAACAGAAUCUGAGUAGCUGCUGUAGCGACUGUCGUCAACUGUCUUCCUUCCUGUCCUCCUAUCAAAUCUACAGUGCCAAGCCCUAGAAAGGAGGAGAGGUGUGGCACGCAGAGAUUAUAAUGGAAGAAAGAAUUAAUUACAGUACGUUUAUUUUUUACAUUCAAGGCCUUAAGAUGUAAUCACUAGACGCAUUCUCAGUCCCGUCCCCAAAUGGAAAUUUGACACCACUGUGCCAUAAAUGAAGAUGCCAGACUGGACAAGUUUCCCCAGAGAACCACUAAUAUAAACAGCUCUUUAAGUGAUGAAGAAUUGGUUUAUCUAUACAUUAUAUAUUUAAGUAGUAUUCUAGAGAAUAUGGAUGGAUGUUCAGGAAAUUUGAUUUUAAAUGAGUUUUUUAGUAAUAUAUAAAUAUAUGUAUAAAUAUAUUGUAUGUUUUCUUUGAACAGCAUAUGCACAUCAACACAGUGGCGUUGUACUUCACAACUGACCAGUGGAUGCAAGCAAAUAUGCAACAGUGUGUUUUCGCCUCUGGACAAUUUGACAUGGUUGUGUAGUGUUAUCUUCGUGCACACAAACUGGCGUGGAAAUACAACUGCAGCGAUGACCUUGGUCUCCAGAAUGUGUGCACACACACACUGUUGUGCAUUUGCUUGUGUUUUUAACUCUUGAUGUGGGGAAUUAAUAUUCCUGGCAUUCGGUGAGCAAAACAUACAAGUCAGUCAUUUCAAUUCUCAGCUGAUCCAUAACUAUUGUAUGAGUAAAGUCAGUUAAAGUGAUGUUCAAAGAAAGGCAUGUCCUGACUCACCUGUCAUUUCUGUAUACUGUUGUAUGUUUGCAGACAUGCUGUAUUUCCAGCUCUUAUGUUUAGUUAUGUUCUUUUUUUUUAAUUAUAAAUGGGCCUGUAUGACGUCUGCUAGUGGGACUUGGUCUGCUUUGGUCCAAGCAAUUCUAAUCUCAUCAGGACUCAUGAUUCACCGUGUUAUUAAUCCUGUGACUGAAACAGAUAAAUGCUAGAUCGGCUUCAGAAGCUUCUCAUGAGGUUAUUUUCAUAUUGUUCCAAACUUUUGUAGCUUAUUGAUGCAUAAUGCUGUGAAGAAUAAAAUGUCAAUCUUAAUAAUUUA